CUGUUUCUUUUGGACAACCCAUGAUAUUUAUUAUUGUGCCAAGUUUCUACAAAUAAAAGAUGGGUGGAUUAUUUUCUCGAUGGAGGGCAAAACCUUCAACAGUAGAAGUUCUAGAAAAUAUAGAUAAGGAAAUUGAAGCAUUGGAAGAAUUUAGAGAAAAAAAUCAGAGAUUGCAAAAAUUAUGGGUUGGAAGACUAAUUAUCUAUUCUUCAGUUCUUUAUCUGUUUACAUGCUUAAUUGUGUACUUAUGGUAUCUUCCUGAUGAAUUUACAGCAAGACUUGCCAUGACACUUCCAUUUUUUGCUUUUCCUUUUAUAAUCUGGGCCAUAAGAACUGUGCUUAUUUUCUUCUUUUCCAAGAGAACAGAGAGAAAUAAUGAAGCAUUGGAUGAUUUAAAAUCCCAGAAGAAAAAGAUACUUGAAGAAGUUAUGGAAAAAGAAACUUACAAGACAGCUAAGUUAAUUCUUGAAAGGUUUGAUCCAGACUCAAAGAAAGCAAAGGAGUUUGAACCACCAUCUGCUGGAGCAGCUGUAACUGCAAAAUCAGGACAAGAGAUUCGUCAGCGAACUGCAGCUCAAAGAAACCUUUCCCCAGCACCAGCAAGCUCUAAUCAGGGCCCUCCUCCAAAAGUUCCAGUGUCUCCUGGGCCAUCAAAGGAUGCCUCAGCUCCUGGGGGACCUCCAGAGAGGACUAUUGCUCCAGCCUUACCCAGGCGUCUUGGAUCCCCUGCUACUUCAGUGCCUGGAAUGGGCCUUCAUCCUCCAGGUCCACCUUUAGCAAGACCCGUUCUCCCCCGAGAACGAGGUGCUGUGGAUAGAAUUGUUGAAUAUUUAGUUGGUGAUGGUCCACAGAACAGGUAUGCUCUCAUAUGUCAGCAGUGUUUUUCUCACAAUGGAAUGGCUUUGAAGGAAGAAUUUGAAUAUAUUGCUUUUCGAUGUGCCUACUGCUUUUUCUUAAAUCCUGCAAGAAAAACCAGACCUCAAGCUCCGAGACUUCCAGAGUUUAGUUUUGAAAAGAGGCAGUCAGUGGAAGGCUCAAGUUCAGCCGGUCCGAUGUCAUCAGAAAGUGUACCCUCACCAGAGAGCCAGUUCAGUGAAGAAUCUUUAGAAGGACAAGAUGUUCUUGAUAAUAGUACAGAGCAGAGAGAUGACAAAAUACCAGUGACAGAGCAGACAAGCCAAGUGAUUGAAGAAACAUCUGGUUCAGAGGAACCAAAGGAGAAACAAGAAGAGACUGAGAAAGAGGAAGCAUCAACAGACGAAGCCAAGUCAACAGUUCUCAGAGCUGACUCUGUUUCUAAUCUUGAACCAAGUGGAGAAUCUUUGGUGACACAAUAGUAAAUAAUCCCAUGUGCCUUCAACUGGAUUAUUUGUAGUCUUGUUGAUGUCAGUUAUUGCUUUUUUUUUGUGUGUGGUACUCAAAAAAAUUACUUUUUAGAUAUAUGCUUAAUGCUAUUCAAAUUCAAAUUGCCUAGCAAGUUCAGUGUGUUCAAGUCCCAUCAACUGGGCAUUGAAAGUAAAAGCACGUGGUAUCAGUGAAUGUGCAGAGACCCACAUAGCUGUUAGAGACUUUGUGCAUUCUAAAGUUUAAAGAAAAGAAACAUUUUUGUUUUCUACAUCUAUAACUUGUAAAUAAUAUCCAUUUUGACAUAGGAACAAUUUUGGCUAGGAAUAAUUUCUUUAAUAGUGCUUAAGCAUUGAAAUAUAAUUAAGAUUUUGAAUACUUCAUCAUUAAAUUUUAACUCCUGAGAUAUUUGCCAGUGGGAAGGAAAUAUCUAUUUAGGUGUUUACAUUAAGUGAUACUGAAAGCUGUAACCUUAUUUACAUAGGCAUUGGUACGAAUUCUCAAGAAGAAUGCAACUGAACAGUCAAGUGCAGAGUUUCUUUUGAUGUCUUUUGUUUUGCAGCUGGGCCAAAGCCACGUGAUGUAUAUAGUUAGUUUAUGUUUACAUAUUAACAAAUAGGAACUGCAUCUGCAUUUGACUGUACUUGAAUUCUUGGUAUUAUUUAUAUUUGUAAAAUAAUGAUGAUAUAUAAAUGAAUUUUUUGUGUGCUUGUUUUGUUAAGGAAAAUAAAGAUGACCUGGCAGUGUUUUUUCUUUGUUAAAUAUCUAGACUUUCUUCACAUAGUGUUUUGAUGGAUGACUAGCUAUCUGAAAAAAAAUCUUGUUAGGAGAGUCCUCUGUAUGAUAAAUACAUAGUAAAUUAUGAUGUUUUUGUUUUUUAUUAGACUUUCAAAUUCAGAGAAAUAAGAAAUUUAAUGUUUUUAAUCAGAAGUUAGCAUUUUUGGAUUUUGAAACACAUUAUGCCACUUGUAGUUUUUAACUUUGAGAGACAAAUACGUUUUUGGAGUAGGCAGUUAACUGCUAAUAAAACUCACUGGAUUGAGUAUGUAUCCCAAGGAUCAGGUGGGAAGAUUUUUGGUAUAGACUAGUUAUUCUUAAAUAUAAUAUCAUAAUUUGUUCUAGCUUUCUUUUAUGUGUCUUUUCCAAUAUUGAAACAACUAGAAAUGAAGUUAUUAUGCUAUAAGGGAGACAUGUUAGCAUAAUGUAUCUGGCUAAUCUUUUGGUUGUAAAUAUUCAUUUAAAUUAAAUAUUCUUUUUAUAAUUUGAAA